UCCUGCUGCUACUUCCUUAAUACUUGGUGUUGAAGAGAGAGACAGAAAGCAUCGGAUUAGAGUACAAAGUUAUAUUUAGGAUUUAGAAAAACAAACUACAGCAAAGCACCGGCUGUUAGAGGAAUACAACAGGGUGUACUGCUACAGGAAAUUGUGAAAAAGCUGCCCAGACUCGUCAGUUGUCUCAGCAUUUAAAAUGUCUUCCAACAUUUACGAAGACCCAAAUUUGUCUAUGAAUGUGAAAUACAGCAAAGGAGCCAGAGAGGACAGAGGAGAGCGAGUGGAGAGAGUAAUCGACAUCUACGAGAGUGUGGACACGUCCACAAACCGUUGUGUUCCAACACAGCGCGGAGGACCACACACUCAAAAUCAUCCUCCAGCUGUGCAAAGAAACCCUUUCAGAGCAGCUGCGCUGGUUCUGGGUUUACUCUGCCUCCUGCUGGUAGCGGGAGUUACUGUCCUGGCCAAUCAAUGUGACCAGCUGCAGACCAGUAAUAAGGAGCUGCAGACCAGUUAUAAGAAGCUGCAGACCAGUUAUAACAACCUGAGCAACAGUUUCUGCCAGGAGGCAACAAAGCAGACACACGGAUGGACGAGAUACCAGUGCAGUUGUUACUACAAAUCUAUUAAGAUGAAAAACUGGACAGAGAGCAGGAAAGACUGUCAGAACAGAGGAGCAGAUCUGGUGAUAAUAAAAAGCAAAGAAGAAAAUGAUUUCGUCAGUGAGCUGAAUAAACCUGAAACUUCCUGGAUCGGUCUGCAGUCAGUGUCAACAAACGAUUGGAAUGAUGAAUGGAAAUGGGUGGACGAAUCAACACUAUCAUAUAUGUCCUGGCAGAAAGACGUGAAUAUGAACCCCGUGAAGGGGGCCACAGCAUAUAUGGAUCUGGAUGGAAAUUGGAACCAUUCCAAUAAUGGAUUGAAAAGAUGGAUUUGUGAGAAACAUAUUUAUAAGGUCUGAUAUGUAACUGUUAUGUAAUGGGUUUGAAUCUUGACAAGGACAUUUCUUCUUCUCUUAUCCAUUGGUACUUGUUGCCCUCCCUUAAAACUACAUAAUAAAGGCAAACAUGAGACAAUUAA